GGUGCAAAAGACUGGAGGCCAAAGAUACUCUCUUUUUUAGCACAGACUCUUUGGUAACCUCCACAAUGUUGCACAUACUCCUGUGCAUUAGCAUUUUGCUACCCUGCAGCCAGGCCUUCCCGCAUAGCAAUGAAGAUGAUUCGGCUGAGGACCAUUCGGAUGAGAAUAGUUCAGAGGAGAGAUCGUUUGAGGAUGACUGGAAUGAUGACAGCUGGCAGGUCUACAUUGAGCACUACUAUCCAUGCAAGGAUACAGUUAACCAUACCACUGAAGAAAAAGUGAAAAAAAUGCAGCAUUUCUUUCAUUUGCCUGAAACAGGAAGCCCAGACAGUGAAACUAUAGCGAUAAUGCAUCGACCUAGGUGCGGAGUCCCUGAUGUCUUGGAAUAUAACAGAAUGUCUGGAAAUCCAAAAUGGGAAAAAAACCACUUGACUUAUAGAAUCAAUAACUACACUCCCGAUUUGGAUCAAGAAAAGGUAGUCGAAGCUAUCGAGAAAGCUUUUAAAGUGUGGAGUGAUGUUACCCCGUUGGAAUUCGAAAACGUAAAUGAACCUGCUGAUAUCGAAAUCCUGUUUGCAAAACGUGCUCAUGGUGAUUUCAGUCCUUUUGAUGGAAAAGGUGGAGUUCUGGCUCAUGCUUAUUCCCCAGGUUCAGGCAUCGGAGGAGACUGUCACUUUGAUGAAGAUGAAAAGUGGUCUGAAACAGACAAAGAUAUCAACCUUUUUAUAGUUGCUGCACAUGAAAUUGGUCAUUCUUUGGGUUUGGACCAUUCAGAGGAACUUGGUGCCUUGAUGUACCCUAUGUAUUCUUAUAUGGAUCCAGAGACUUUCGUACUUCCGGAUGAUGAUAGGGAAGGAAUUCAAAGUAUAUAUGGGCCAAAUCCAAAGGAAGACAAGAGUACAAAGGACUUAGACAAUGAAGAUACAGACGAUCAUGAUUUUGAUUAUUCUGACUAUUACUAUAAAUAUUUCUAUUCCUUAUUCUAUCGCUUUCUAAACCGAUAUAAGUAUACAGAGGGGCAUGAGUAUCCAGAGGAGCAUGAGUAUCCAGAACAACCUGAAGAAGAUUCAAAGCAACAUGAAAGUUCAGAGGAACAUGAAGAUCCAGAGGAGUAUGAGUAUCCAGAACAACCUGAAGAAGAUUCAAAGCAACAUGAAAGUUCAGAGCAACAUGAAGAUCCAGAGGAGGAUGAGUAUCCAGAGCAACCUGAAGAAGAUUCAAAGCAACAUGAAAGUUCAGAGCAACAUGAAGAUCCAGAGGAGGAUGAGUAUCCAGAACAACCUGAAGAAGAUUCAAAGUAACAUGAAAGUUCAGAGCAACAUGAAGAUCAGAGCAACAUGAGCAUUAUUGAGUGUUUCGGGGGUGGGGGAGCUCAUAUGCUUUAUUUUGCAUGAAUCAACAGUGUCUCUAAUAAAGAACACGAUAAGAAUUCGUUACAUUGGAAA